AUGGCAUCUCUGUGGUAUUGCUGCGGAUGUAAUUUCGGGCCUCACAACUCAAGUUUAUACGACUCCUGUAUCCAAUGCGGAAGAACACGGUGCGCCCGAUGCGUGGGCGAAUUUAAUGUGACCCCGGAGGGAUCGCCGCCACCAAACAUUUGCGACUCCUGUGAUCAGGAGCACAAAGGGCAAGCUCCACAACAUGCCAUCGAAAACAACAAAGGAGGAGAAACAGAUGGCACUAGCCGAGCCAAGAAGGACCCCAGUGUACCUACUGCACUUCUUCGGUCUACUAAAUAUGUGUUUGGAUUCUUUCCCAGACGAACACGUCCUACUAUCCCAGGUACUCCGCGUGAAAUUUCCCUUUCAUCUCAGCCUUCCUAUCCUGCAAUACCACUGCAGCGUGAAAGUGCCGAAUAUAUCUUAUAUUCCGCAUCACUGGGGUCUCUUAUGACACAUUGGAUUUACGAACAAUCCUUUUGCGGGGCAAUUUCUUCCAACCAGGUCCAAACGCUGGAGGCUGUCCUCGUUGAAUGGAAGAGUACUCAACCAGAAAUAUUAUAUACAGAGUCAAAUAACAAGACAUCAUUCUGGAAUUCAUUCAAAGGUAUCCUUGAAACAUUGACGGGUGGGGUGCUUGACUGGCGGCCCUUUGGACCAUAUAGAACGCCACUCGUUCAAGGCCAAACUAGAAUAUGCUGGGAAUGCCCAUGUGGUGACCCGCGUUGGGUGGUGGUUCCUCAGUCCUUUGCGCUCAAGAUUGAAGAAUACUCAAGGACUAACGCCGCACCACCAGAUGGAAGCAACGAUCCAGUAUAUAGCCGUUCGCUACCUGGAAUAGCUGCCUCAGCUCAUGGUUCUGGCGAGGGGGCCAAAUCACAGAUAAAUAGUGGACAGGCCUCCGGAUCGAACCACUCUGGGUCGAGAGCUCAGUGUCGAAGCCUGGAAAAUGGUCAAAAACUCAGCUAUCAGCUUCACGCUUUUCUUGUCUUGGUUAACUUCUCGAUCUUUGGAAGCACACAUUGCCUUGCACAGACAGCUGUUCACGACAUGAGCGAUGACGAGUUCUUUACGUGGAUUCGAACCUCGUACUACUCUCAUCGAGGAUUUCUCGCCACCUGGUUCGGUCUCUACAAAUAUGCACACUGUGAAUUCUUUCGGGUGAGUUCCCACGAAGCCAAUACAAAUAACUUGGUAAUAUAUCCAGCUGUAUAA